UGGGCGAACGUCAUGUCACGUAAUUAAUAUUCAUAAAGCGAGUCGUCACCAUAGUAGGAUUCGUAAAUCUUGCCGGUUAGAGAGACACACCCCUUCAGUCACAAACAGUCCGUGCGCUCGAUCACGUCUCACACAGUAGAUAAAAAAAACACCUCAAGUGCAGUUCAGAGCAGAGUAACCAUGUUUAUACUACAUUGUGGGGACCCAAUGUACCCACAAGGAUAGUAAAACCUGAGAAAACCUACCUUGUGGGGACCGCUGGGGAAAUGGCUUAUUAAACAUGCUAAACGAUGUUUUUUUGAAAAUGCAAAAAGGUUUCUGCGAGGGACGGUUAGGUUUGGGGGUAGGGUUGGUGGAUAGAAAUUAUCGUUAGAUCUGUAUAAAACGCAUGGAAGUCUAUGGAGAGUCCCCACAAUGAUAUAAAAACACGGCAAGUGUAUUUUAGAGAACGCUUCUGAUAAUAAUGAUGUGUGUGUGUGCUCAAAACAACAACAAUUGCGAACUGCAAAUGCGCAACGUUAUUCCGUUUAAAUAAUACGAAUGGCAACACAACUGGCUCUACACUAUGGAAAAGAAACAAAAGCAGUAUAAUAUCGAGGCGCAACAGUGUUCAUUGCGCAGUCUUGCUGAUCUACAUCUCGUCUUUUUCCACCAUAUCAUGCUCUCGCGCGCAUCGCUGCCUUCUGGUCGUCAUGACAACAGCGUCCAAAACAGCCGGUCACACAGUGUUUGUUUACUUCAAAACAACUGAAACAUCACUUUAUGCCUUUAUACUCCAUAUAUUAAUCCGCGUAUAAGAUGUCAGACGCUUAAAAUUUAACGGUUGCAUUGUGAUUGAAGCUUCCCGGAAUGAAUAUCACUGAAGCAUGUGAAUCAGACUUUACUGAUGCUGAGAAACAACAUGCGGUUCUGGACAGCACAGAUGGGGACACAGAGUCAUUGGACAGACAGUAUGUCCAUGUGCUGUUAGAUAUCAGUGAAGAGGAUGAUUGGAGGGAGCAGGACAUACAUGAGAUUCAGAGUCAGACUGGCUGGGAAGAUGCUGUUGAGGGAUGGGGGAGAUCUCCCCCUCUUGCUUUAUUCCUUCAAGCUCAAAGGAAGGGGAAGAGAAUCAAGCAAAACAUUAUAAACUCUCAUUGCAUCCUGUGUGCUGAGCUGAAUCUCCCUAUCUAUUGCACAGCUGGAAGUGCUCCCGAACCUUGCUAUGACAUUUCAGAGGAAAACUUCAGAAAGACUGACCCUACCCCUCAGGGUUUUGUCAAGAAAGCUCACAACACCCCUUCCUCUGCCUCCUCAGAUGUAAUUCACUCUCAGCAAAAUAAAUCAGGGCCAUUCAUUAAUAAAUUGCCAUCUGGAGAUGAACAAUGUGCACACAACAAAUCUCUUUCAGUCUGCUAUUGCCAUACAGCUCCAUGUUUAAUGCUGAAGGAAAAGGGAGUUGGUAAGGUAGCUCUCAGCAUCAACAGUUUUAGUGUGUUGCCCCCUGUCAAAGAGUCCAGAAAUCUGAGGAGCUCCAAUCUUUUUAAAAGGAUGGAGCCAAUAGACUGGUGCCCAGCAGAGGAAGGAGUCACUGAGGCCAUGACACCUGGCGCCACUGAUGCUGUCACAGUUGGUGAAAGAGUGGGUGUCAAUGGUGAGAACAGCUAUCAGGGAUCUCCCACCUCUAAACACUGGCUGGGUCAGUACAGCAAUGACCUGCCAUCUACUUGUAACAUUAUUUUGAAUAAGAAGUAUGAGCUGCCCUCCAGGACAGCAGCAGAUACAUUACCUCGGUCUACAUACCCACUGGGAGCUAACCUCAGACAGGAUGAGCUGGCAAGGCCUUUCUCCAGGAACAACACCAGUUAUAGACUUUAUUCUGGACACAAAGUGAGGAGUCAGAGAAGACCUGAACCUCAGCAUUUAAUGCUGACUGGAACUAGACUUCCAAUGCCAGUGUUCAGUCAAAGAAUAUUAUAAAUUUUGUCACUCUCUAUACACUUUUAUUUUGUUGUUGCUUGAGUAAAGAGAGACAAAAAGAAGUAUUGUGAUUCUAUUUUUAGACAGCAUGAGACUCAGAACACAAGGCUAACACUUUGAAGUUUUACCAUGGUUUUACUAUUUUAUUUAACAUAUUUUAAACAUUAUAUAGAUAUUUGUGGUAUAGUAAUAGUACCAUUAGUAAUAUUACAAGAAAAAAACAAAAAACCCAUAAUAAUCACUCUGCAUGGUAACUACAGUUUUACUAGUAACACCAUGGUAAAUUUGUGGUGAAAGUAUGGUUUUUAAAACCACCAAAAAACAUGUCAUUAUUAAAAUUAACAAUAGUAUUAGUGGAGUAAACCUGAUGUAACCAUUAUUUUUGUGUGUGGUAAGAACCUCAGCGUCUAAUGCUGACUGGAACGAGACUUCCAAUGCUUGUGUCUAUGUACCACAAAUUAAUCAUGACGUUACUGUAGUAAAACAAACUUUUUUGUUGUUUUUGUUUGACAUAAUCAUUAUUAUUAUUUUUUUUUCUCCAUUUUUUUGUUUUUCCUAUUAUUACUAUGGUUAUCAUACCACAAAUAUCAUAGUUAAAAUAAGGUAAAAUCAUGGUAGAUUUUGUAGUUACGGUUUUAGUACAAAUACCAUAGUUGAACUAUAGUUACUUCAGUUAAACCAUGAUAUAGUUUGUGGUUACUAUGAUUUUACUGCAAAUACUGUACCAUAGUUCAACUACACUGAGAAAAAAGGAAAGCAACUCUUUUGAAAAUACAAAAUCAUUACACUUGAAAUCAACUUUAUACAUUUAUGUUUGAGAUAACAACAUAAUUAUAUUUUGGAAAGUCCAAGUUAUACUCCAAGCCUUUAUCAAAAAGUGAUAUGAUCACAUUGCUAUGAAAUUCUAACAAGUGGUUCACUCAACAUGAUUUUUAAUGCUUGCUCAAUUAAUGUUUCUUUAACAUUUGGUCUCAACUUAAUUUCAUUGUGUACAAUCUAUCUAUGUCUAGCUAUGUUCACUUGAUCCAAUUGUAUUGGGACUAUGUAAAUCAUAUUCAUUGCAUCAAUGUAUUGCUGAAAACGGGUGGGGGAUUUCAUGUUCCCAGCAUGCUUUGCAUGGGACUGGAUUGGAAAAGUUAAUUUUAAAUUUAAGUGUCAUUUUAAUGUAUUUCUAUUAGUGCUGUCAGUCGAUUAUUUUUUUUUAAAAUCGUGAUUAAUUGCAUCAUUUUUGUAGUUAAUCACGAUUAAUCACAGAUUUAAAAAGUGAUGAAAUUGACGCUAUAUAUUAGUGUUGGGUUCGAGUCCACCUUAGUCGAGUCUGAGUCUUUAAACAAUCAAGUCCGAGUUGAGUCCGAGUCCAAAAGGGGCCGAGUCUGAGUCAAGUCUGAAUGAAUCUGAAUUAAAAUUGUAACCGUAAACUCAACAUCAAUAUUUUAAGCUUAUUUUAAACUUCACAACUAAGAAAAACAGUUUGUCAAUAUAAAUGUAACAAAAACACCUCUAUUGCAUUUCAUAUAUACAUUUUAUGAUUAGUAUCCUGCUGAACAUACUUCAAGUGGUUUCAGAAUGAAAGCAUAUGCUUUAGGUGUAUGAAGACAAAACUGUCCUUCAACACAAUUCUUAUUGCAUUCUGUUGACUUUUUCAGUUAUUUGUUGAUUAUUCCCCUCCACUCAAACAUACACCAAAGUGAAAACUUAAUUUUAAAUUUGUCAAUUCAAUUGAAUUGAGUUUUAUUUAAAAUUAUCCCUAUCUAAAGAAAUAGUAGUCUAUACUGAGAUUUCUUUCGGAAUCUUUUUUCUCUAUCUGCCAACUGAUUUGGGAAAAUACGUACUGUAAAAAUGAGUCAUCACAGUAGUUAUUAGCACUCGCUGAGAAGUUACGGCUCACGAUUUGACUGUAAAUGCUACAUCCAAAAUCACUGGAAAAGCCCACUGAUAAUAUGAGGGCCAUGUCGUUACGGACAUGAUUUUCUAGUUAAUUUGCGGGAAACUGCAUAAUGCAGGGCAGUUCUGCAUGCCGCUCGUGUACCUAAACUCCUGAUGCAUCCAUGUACGUCUCAUAGCAGCUGCCACAGAAUAUAUAAAUAUAAAUAAUAAUAAUUGAUAUUUGCUUGAGCGGCAGCCGUGUUGGUCUGCAAUCAGUCUGAAAUCUUUAAAUACCAAACAAAGAAAAUUUCAUUGAGCUCUUCUUUAACCGCAAAAGGAGAACAAUAAUUUUGAGUCAUAAAUUUAACAGAAUUUUCCUUCAAAAGUGUCAGAGAUAUAGGCUAAAAAAGACGUGCAUAAGUUACCUGGUGGUUUACAAUAAAAAUAAAAUAAACAUUUAAAAUAAAAACGUCAUAACCAACUUAAUUCAUCUCGUAACAUGAAGUUUAGCUUCAUACACAAACUCUGUCAAAGAAUAAUACAUUUAUUUUAUAGUCUAUAAUUAAAUGAUGCCCAAAAUAUCCUAAUAUUUUAUUGUGCAUGGUUAAAUAUUGUGAAUGGUGGACAAAUGCUGUAAAAGAAUGUAUUUUAAGCAGUUUGUCAAUGCUUUGAAAAUAGUCAAUCAGUAAUAAAUAGGUGCUGUUUAUCUGU